UUAUGUUACAUAUAUUAUGCUGGGUAAUUCUGACUUAGCCUCAUUCUCCACUCCCAUUUGCUGCCACUUCUCCAAAUGAGCAUCACCCCAGGAUAAGCCCUGCCCUUAGUUGAGUCAGCCAUUCGUGCGCAUACUGUACUAGGGAAAGAUGGGGAGGGUGAGCCAGGACCUCUGCUAAGGACAAAGUUGUGGCACCAGGGUUGCCUUUUUAUUUGCAUAAAGGAAGGACUUGGGCUGUUUUGGAAUGGGCCUGCUGCCCUGCCCCUUCUCUAAGCCUCAGCAGCCUGGCACACAGUGAAACUAAGACCAGCACUGACUUCACCUGCUUGCUACUUUAGAACAAGAGGCUUUGGUCUCCCUUUGUCUUCCAUGGGAUCCUUACUUGACUGAGAAGUGGCUGAUAUUCUUGUGUUCUCCAAGCCCAGAUAGCCAAGAUCUGGGUGGAGUUGAGCAGCUGCCUCAGGAUCUGAAUCUGAGGGAUUCAGAUCCCAAAGGGAAAGAACUGGGGGAGCCAGGGGGCCCUGAUCUGCCCACAGCACAGUCAUCUGAAGGCCAGGGCCGGGGCCAGAACAGGAUUCCCCAGAGGGCCCCUUUGCCCCUCAGCACCCAGACCUUCAGUUUGUUUGUAAUAUAUCUACUUAUACGUCUGCUUGGAAGGAUCCCAGCUCCAGAGCUGGCCUUUCCCUCACACUCAUCUAUUGCCCUAGUUAUCUCCAUGAGUAGGGUUUCACCACCAGGUUGGGAUUUUCCUUACUGGUUCAACCCAUCCCUUGGGCAACUCCUCACAUGUUCAUUUGUACUUUUUGGCUCCUCCAGUUGCUUAAAACCCCAGUUGGACAACCUCGCCAGAGCCUGAGUUUCUAAAGCAGAGCGAAUGGAUAAUAAAACCUAAUUGAGCCAACUAAAAACAUUGAUAACUGAAAAUAGGCCCAAAGUGCAAGGAGACAUUGCCAUUUGAGAAGAGAGUUAAAGCCUGGGAGAUGGUAAACAUGGGAGGGGAUGUCUUUCCAGCCUUCCAGCUGGGGCAGUAGCAGCAUCAGGCCUCCCCAGGGACACACCUGAUGCUUUCCCACCGUCACAUUCCUCUGAGCCCCCUCUUCAGGAGUGGGUACCUGGGACGGCAAGGUCAAUCAAUGGAGCGUUCCAAGAGCCCGUUUGUUUUCUUUACAGUGUGGAGGGGCGGUGGGACCAGGUUCUGUGGAGUCCUGCCAUCAUCCUUGCCCAGAUAACUAGUCAUCCUGUGAACUGAGCCAGAGGUGCCUGGGAGGAAACAAGCCCCUGGCGGGGGCGGAGACUCCUUUUAUUCAUUUGUUACAUUCAUCCAAAUAUUUUUUAGUGCCUUCCACGUGCCAGGCACAGCUAGGUUUGCAAAUCUUGAGAAUUAAGUGGAUGUGAGAUGGUGGGAGCAGACCCAGAGGUAAGGAGGUGCAGUAACACCUGGGCCAGCUGGAAGAGUUGUGUGGCCAGCUCCACCCAGCCCUGAGGGGCACAGAGUUACUCAGGAGGUGCCUGCAAACUUGCAUCAGUCAGAAGUGGUUCUCGGGACUUCCCUGGUGGUCCAGCGGGUAAGACUCCCCGCUCCCAAGGCAGGGGGCCCGGAGUUGAUCCCUGGUCUGGGAACUAGAUCCCACAUGCUGCCAGAAGUCCGCAUGCCGCAACUAAGACCCAGCACAGCCAAAAUAAUUUAUAUAAAUAAAUAACUAUUUAAAAAUAAAGAAAGAAAGAAGCAGUGGUUCUCCCCAGAGGUGGCUCCCUGAAGUCUGGCCUUCAGGGGUCUGCUAUAAGAAGAACAGGAUUACAGCUGAGCCCCCUUACUAGGCUAAGGAGAGCGGAGUGGUGCUCUUCCUGGGUUUAGGUCAGUAGUUCUUAACCUUUUUUAAGGAUCAUAGAUUCCUCUGGAAAUACAAAGAUAACUGUGGACUUUCUCCUUAGAAAAGUAUGCUUGCAUAUACUUUUUUUUUUUUUGGCAGUGUUGCAUGGCAUGCGGGAUCUUAGUUUCCCCACCGGGGAUCAAACUUGCGCCCCCUGCAGUGGAAGCGGGGAGUGUUAACCGCUGGACUGCCAGGGAAGUCCCUGCAUAUACAUUCUUGCACACAAUUCAGGGGCUCAUGAAUCCCCAGAAGUGCGUCCUUGGUUCCUGAGUCUUAUGAGAAUCUCUCCUUUAGACCUGGAGUCUGAGCCUCUGCCAGGGCACUGCCUGCCAGGAACAGAUGAUUCAGCUCACUUUUCAAGGAGGAAACUGCUCCAUCAGAGCAACUGCAGGACUCUGCCUGCCCUCCCAGCCCAGGCAGGAAUCUGGGCUUGACCCCCAGAUUGGCCCUGCUGAACCCAGAGGCUGAUCUUGGGAUGAACCUCCCAGAAGCGGGAGUCUCCUCUCUCCCUACCUCUGAGAGGAAAUCCAGUAAAUCUGUGUCCAGCCUCAGCUGUCAUCCCUUUCCUCCACUUCCCUUCUGUUCCCCUCGCUGGGUCAGCUUGUGCUGGAAGGCUCUACAAAGGGAGCACCCUAAAAGUAACCCAUGUGUUGGGAAGUGAGCGUCAGACAAAGUCUGGACAUCAGCUGUGCUUCCUUCUUUUGCCUGUGUCGCCGGUGGCAGCAGCGUCAGAGGGAACUGCCAGAGCUAACAGAUGACUGGAGGGGAGGGGGGGCAGCCGCCAGCUUCCAGGGGCUGCGCUUGCAGCCUCCCUGCCUCAGGCACACACGCUGGUUGCCCUCCACACCUUCAGGUGCGCAGGUAGGUCUACAGCUGGGAUGGGGUGGGGCUCAGGGAAUACUGGGAAUGUUCUAUUUAUGGAGACAUGCACAGACUAAAGUAGAUGGGCAAGGAGCAGAACUAGCACAGAUACCAAGUAACCGUCUAAGCUUCGCCCGGCUUUCUGAUUUGACGUCUGCUUCCCUCACACUCCUGAGCUGUCCCUCCAGCCUCAGCUGUCCCAACCAGGAAGUGGGAAAGGGGCUGUGUGGGAGGCUUGGGUCCUUCCUUUCACAAGGACACAGGGGCUUGGGAGAACCUUUGGGCCCCCCUCUUGACCUAUUUGCCUUUGGAGACUGAAGUCCCCUUGAGAGGUGGUAACUGGAUGAGAACACUUCUUGAGUGUAGCGUUGGAGGGGAGGGAGCAAUGGAGGGGCUGAGGCUCCUGGUAGUAAGGAGGGGUGAGGGUGGAGAGAGAAGUGGCCCCUAUUGCCAAGGGGUCCUACCCUGCCUCACCUCUGCACCCAGGAUUCUGAGCACAGCCCCACUCAUGCAUUAAAGACCAUGGCCAGAAGGGGCCCAGCCCAGACAGGGUCCAGGCUCUCCUCUAUCACAUCACCCUGGCAGCCAUCACCUGUGAGAUCCAAGUGCUGACGCAGGGCCAACCCUUGAUGGCAGGGAAACAUGCCCUGUUAGCCCUGGGAAAUCUGGGGGCUGGGCUGUGCUCAGCCUCCCAGGGUUGGGCGGGAAGAUGGGAAUAAGGUCCCCCUCUCCCAUCUCCAGCAGUUUUCUGCCUCGCGUGGAAAAACUUGAACCUGGGCUUAGCAGACCCUUACAGAUCUGAUCCCUUCGUCCUGGGGGAACCAGAGCUCGCAUCCAGCUAUCCAGGGUCUGAGAGGUACCUCCUGCCCUUAGCUCACCUCUGAUUUAGAAACAGGGUUGGGUCUGAACCCUGAAGAAUCUGGACAAGGGGAGCCCUGACUUCUGACCCUCUCUGUGACCCAGCAUUUCCCUGCCCUGGGUUCUGAGGAAGCCCAUCACCCGCCACUCCCCACCCCCAGCAGCUUCUGAUGUCAGAGGCAAAUGAGGCCGCAUCAGAAGCACCGGAUGUCUAUUUCCUGUCACUGCACCUGCUCCAGCUCUGUCUCCCCUCGGGCCUGGGAUGCUGCUGUUGCCAUGCCAACAACAACAUUUACUCUCAAAGGGGCCGUUACCAGGCUGCAGGCCCCUUUGUGCCUGCCUCAAUGUCACUCUGAAAGUAUGACUUGCGGGAAGCAAAAGCCCAGCCCCUGGGACCCCUUAUUCCAUACAAGUUGACCCCCCUGCUCCCAGCCUUAGUUUACUCCUUUGCAUAGCGUAGUAAUGGGAAUCUCUGUUUGCAGCCCUCCCCUGGGCUGCCCAGGACCAGUCCCUCACUCUCUCGGGCUCCUGGCCUACCUCUCAGAAGAUGUCUGUGACCUGUAGUAGCCAUCAGGCUGCUUUGCUCAGAGGUAGCUGUCCUAAGCCCAGGGACCCCAGCCUUUCCUGGUCCAGGUGACCAACCCUAACCUGUGACUGCUCCUGGGCCCUGAGGCUAUCCCUUCUUUUCACCUGUGUCGUGGCCCCUUCUACUUAACCGCUGCAUGGCCUUUCCUUAACCUUGACUCUUGAGCUGGUUGCUUCCUGCAGUGGUCUCCUCUCUCCUUUUCCUCCUGCCAGUCCUACUGCAGGUCCUACUGGUAGCCCAGAACCUGGUGAGAAGCCAGCUGACCCCCGCUCCUGUCCAGCGGCAGGAGCAGUCUGUGAAAGGGGAGAGAGCCUCCUGGAUGCCUUCACCCGUGGGAAGAGGGCCACAGCGUUCAAAUCCUCCCACAGAUGUUCCAUAGCUUCCACUGCUAUGGAGAGGCGUGCAAACCGGGAAGCAGAGCCUUUCAACCAAAGAGCAGAGUGCAGCGCAGGGGAGAGCUACUGCGAGUGCAGGGGUAGGGCUGCUGUGGGGGACCAGGCAGGGCGCUGCCAGGAGGGGCUGCUGCAGGGUUGGAAGGGGUGUGACAUUCAGGUACCUCCAGUAAGGUGCUGGGAGGGAGGUGCUGAAGCAGAAGAGAGAGGAGUCGGUGUUUGGGUUGCCCUGAGAGUUGAGAUAUGGCCCAGGACUGGUUGGCCACCCCCCAUCCCCCUGGACUCGCAGGCACUCUCUUUACCCAGCUGAUCCAACUCAACGCUUCCCACUAUAUGGCCUGGUGCAGCCUCAGUUGUGAGGGGAGAAAUGAAACCAGCCCCAGCCCUUACCUGCAGGCCUCUAGCCCCAGACCCGGCUCUCUGCAGUGCUGCAGUGGCGGCCCACUCUGCCUGGAGCUCAACCAGUCGGCCUCGGGGGAAAAUCUCCUGCCAAGGCAGAAAGCUGUGGCCGAGUGCCCCGAGGGCUUGGACUUCUGUGAGGUGGGCCCCUGCAGUGCUCCAAGGUUGGGUGCUGCCCUCCCUCAGAACUGCAGGCCUCUCUUCUCCCCCGCUCGACGAAUGGGUCAGCAGCCGAAUCGGGCUGGAGCUAGACCUGCUGAGGGCCAGGCUGCUCGACCCUCUGAGCUCCACAUUAUGCUGAAAUCCAAGGCAGUGGCUGGAAUCUUCCAAGUGUCUGUGACCUGCCCCCUUGUUUCUGAUCACCCUGUAUGUUCUCUGGGGACUGGCUGGCUGGCCUCAUGGGGGUGGAGAGAGGGGUCCAAGGAAGUUCAGCUCAGCCCACAACCCAACUUAACAUUUUUUGUCUCUGUGAAUGGGGGACGAAGGCAAGGGGAGGAUGAACGGUCUCAUCUCUUCUUGCAGCUGAAACGGUCCAGCUCAGGCUACACUGCAGGGUGCAGCCAGGCCUGCGUGACAGGGACGCCCAGGUGUCACAGGGCUGUGGCUCAGCCCUGCUACCAGGAGUGCUGCCAAGCCUCAGCCUCAGGCAGCUGCCUCCAGCUGCAUGAGAACCUCCACUUCAACGGGGCCGCACCAGGGGCCACAAGGAGGCCCCUGCCCUGGACCCUGGCUGGCGCUCUGCUGCUGUUCCUUCGCUCAGCAGUCAGGGAGCGGCAGGCAGGAAGGUCCCAUAGGCCCUGCAAGUCCCCAGGCCCACCCCCAGCUCUGAUUCCUGUAGCUGUAUCUUUUUUUUUUUAAUUAAAAAAAAUACAUUUAUUUAUUUUAAUUUAUUUAUUUUUGGCUGCAUUGGGUCUUCGUUGCUGUGAGCGGGCUUUUCUCUAGUUGUGGCGAGCGGGGGCUACUCUUCGUUGCGGUGCGCGGCCUUCUCAUUGCAGUGACUUCUCUUGUUGAGGAGCACGGGCUCUAGGCGUGCGGGCUUCAGUAGCUGUGGCAUGUGGGCUCAGUAGUUGUGGCUCGUGGGCUCUAGAGCACAGGCUCAGUAGUUGUGGCGCACAGGCUUAGUUGCUCCGCGGCAUGUGGGAUCUUCCCGGACCAGGGCUCUAACCCAUGUCCCCUGCAUUGGCAGGCGGAUUCUUAACCAUUGUGCCACCAGGGAAGUCCUUGUAGCUGUAUCUUUAGUGAGAGGGAUUUAUCAAGUCCACAACUCUGUGCUAGAGGCUCCCAGGGCCUAGGCCUGAACAUGAUGCUCUCCAAGGGGACAGGGCCUUAGCCCCAUUCCCAAGGAGAGGCUGGGAUUUGUCUGGAAAAACAGAACAGUCUCCUAUCUGACCCCCAUCAAGUAGGAGGACCCCAAAGUCCUGCAGGGACAGUUUCUUCAUCUAUAAAAAUGCCCGGUCCCGUCUACUUUUCCCAGAUCCUCCCCAGACUUUGACACAAAGAGGGGGGCUGGAAUUGGGGUUCCCCUGCUUUCCUGCAAUGACCACCACCCCCUUUAUCUUUAAGGGUCUAAAUCAAUCCCCUUUCUCCUCAUC